UCCAUUCAGAAUAGGGACUAUAUUUGUUCUUCUUCAAAUUUGUGGGAGAGAAAAUGAGUGGAAAAGGCAAAACAGUGUGUGUAACAGGAGGGUCAGGUUACAUAGCUUCAUGACUUGUGAAGCUCUUACUCCAGAGGGGUUAUACAGUUAAAGCUACUGUUCGUGAUUUAAAUGAUCCUAAGAAAACAGAACACUUGCGUACACUUGAUGGAGCCAAAGAAAGGCUUCAAUUAUACCAAGCAAGUUUAAUGGAUGAAGGAUCUUUUGAUUCUGCAGUUGAUGGAUGUGAAGGUGUAUUUCACACAUCAUGUCCAUUAUAUCAUAUAAAUGAUAUACAGGCAGAAUUGAUUGAUCCUGCAGUAAAGGGAACGAUAAACGUUCUCAAGUCAUGUGUGAAAUUCACUUCUGUCAAGAGAGUGAUCAUAACAUCUUCAAUGGCUUCAGUUAUCUUCAAUGGCAAACCUUUGACAUCUGAUGUGGUAAUUGAUGAGACUUGGUUUUCAGAUCCUGCUUAUUGCAAGUCAAUAGAGCCUUUAUAUUUAUACGCAAAAACCAUAUCUGAGGAGGCAGCAAGGAAAUUUGCAGAAGAAAAUGGACUUGACAUGAUCACACUACAUCCUAGUUUUGUGAUUGGUCCUUUCUUACAGUCAACUGUAAAUCUCACUGUGCAGUUGAUUCUGAACUACAUGAAUGGAGAAACAUUUCCAAAUACAAUAUACAGAUUUGUUGAUGUUAGAGACGUUGCAUUAGCGCAUGUUCAAGCUCUGGAACUACCUUCAGCUAAUGGCAGAUAUUGUUUAUCAGGAAGAGUUGUACAUUUUUCUGAGUUCUUGAAGCUUGUUCAUGAGCUGUACCCUAAUCUGCAUCUUCCUGAGAAAUGUGAAGAUGACAAGCCUUCUGUCCCGAAAUAUGAGAUUUCGAAGGAGAAAGCUAAAAAGUUGGGUGUCAAGUUCACUCCCUUGGAGGUCAGCGUUGUGGACACCAUUGAAUGCUUGAAAGAGAAGGGCUUUCUUAGUUUCUGAUUCACACUAUUUAUUCAAGAAGAUGAGAAAUACAAAUGAAUUUUGUUUGCAUUACAGUAUAUUUUUUCUGUUUGACACUAGACUUGUUGUUCUUGAUGAACCCCAAAUUGUUGUAAGUCCAGAAGUGUUGUGAUACAGAUUGUAUUUGGAAAAAUUUUAUUUGUUGUGAAAGUAUGAUGUAUGUUAUGACUCACACAUCUUGGAAUAAAUUCUUUUCUUUUUUUUUUUU